AUGGAAGUGAAGCGCCGAACGGUAAAGACCCUUGUGACAAAGCUGGGCUCAGUGUCAGAACGAACCAGAGUCGACGCCUUGUGCGAGCUUCGGCUGAUGACAAAGCUCGACGCAGAGAGCCGACCUCUAAUAGCAGAAGCCGGCGCCGUCCCGUACUUGGCCGAAACUCUCUACUCUUCGUCCCAUUCUUCACAGGACAACUCAGCCGCCACCCUCCUCAGCCUCUCGAUCUCCUCACGCGCCACGUUUAUGUCCACGCGCGGCCUCCUCGACGCCAUCUCUCACAUCCUCCGCCGCCACUCUCCAGAGUCUCCUCAUUGUCGACGAGUAUCGACCCAUCAUAGUUUCGAAACGGGACAUCUAUUAGGAGAAGUUGGAAGUUUACUGUAUGUGGUGGGGGCGAUGGAGGUGAUUGCUGGGGGUUGA